AUGGACUCGCUGACACGGUUGAGUCCAGGAAGAUUCUGGAUAGAAAACGUAAAAAUAUUACUAGAAAGAAAUGUGACGCGUUGUGCCAAAACUGGUGGAUUAUAUACUUUGGAUAAAUUUGAGAAUACGUCACAGAACAUUACAAAACAGUUCUUUAGAAACAUUACGAAUGAUGCAUAUUCCACAAAAAAUGUAAACUCAAUAGUAAGAGAUAGUCACACUUUUUCUCUCUUUAACAAAGGACAGUUGCUAGCAAAAUUACGGUCUUCCUGUCCAGCAGCCAUUAACAUUCACUCUCGUUCAAUAUCUAAAAGAUCUGUCACUAUUAAUGUUGACGCUAGAACCAAGCAUUCCCCAUUUCAUACUACUCCGUCAUCUAUUCAUAAAUAUACCGUCCAAACGUCACAUGUUUAUUUCCCCAAAGCCUUUUUUGUAAAGUUGAAACCUGAAAAAUCGCUUCAAAGAUAUCCAUGGUUUCCCCUAACAAGACUUUCCCCUUUUUCACGCUUGUUACGCUGUUCGCGACCUUACUCUAAUAUAAGCACUACCCAUAAUCGUCUACAACAAAAUCCUAAUCGUCCACACCGUCCGACAAAGGCUGAACUUUUAGCAAACGCAACGGGUUUCUUUAAUCGAAUGAUGAUCAGAAUUAAAUAUACGCUAAUGAGACAAGUGAGGCCGUUUACCAUGGACGAUAUUAUGGCAAUGUUCUCGUGGGUUUUUGUUGGAAAUACUCUGUUUAUUAUUGUUGGAACCACAUCGUUUUUCAGUCUCUUAUUGGCUACGGCAAACAGUUUACAAUUUCAAGAAUUCAUUGCCCGUCAAAUUGGAAGUUAUCUCACACGUGAAACAGGCAUAACAGUUGUAUUCGAAUCGGCAAUAGUACCAAACUGGAAAGAAGGAAAGAUUAGCCUGAAGAACGUAUCUGUUAAACGAUCCCAUUCGAGUAAAGACUAUAGAACGCCACCAUUCGUUGUGUUUGCUGAGGGCGAAAUAGAGGAAGAGCAAUGUGACAAUAAUUUCACAAUGUUCGAUUUGACUAUCGAGAAAAUUGACGUUGAGUUGUCUUUUGUGAGAUGGCUUGACAGAAAAGGGCUUAUCAAGAGUGCUGUCGUAAAGGGAGUUCGUGGAGUAGUUGACCGUCGCUCUGUACAUUGGGAUUCCUGCGUCCCCUACAUUGCGCAAGAAUGGCGUCGUCUGGCUCAACCGGGUGACUUUGAAAUUGAUUCCUUUCACAUCGAGGAUCUCCUAAUAACUAUUUACCAGCCUGGCAACUUUCGCCCAUACAACAUUGCAAUAUUCCAUGCGUACUUGCCGAGGCUGAGACAGCAGUGGUUGAUGUAUGAUAUGUUAUGCGCAAAGAGUAUUACUGGGACCUUUGACAACUGUCUGUUUAGUGUUCAUAGUGCUUCUAUUCGGGAGGAUAGAUUGGGCGGAGAGGGACAAUGGAAAAAAAUGUCGCGACUUCGAAUCGAUGGUUUGAAUAUCGACCAUCUAAAUACCGGAGUUCCAGGACCAUUCGGAUGGAUAUGUUCGGGCUCCGUCGAUCUCCACGCAGAUCUUAUGAUUCCUGACGACACUUAUGACGACGUCAUUAAAAAAUUAGUCAAUGAUAUCGUCGAGAAGAUAGACGACGUUGUCGUUCAACAAAAACCUGUUGUCAUAUGGCGUCGUAAUGACAAUGUGGACUGCAAUUGGGAACAUCACAAUAUUGAUGACAAUAUUAGUGGCAUUAGCGGCAGUGUCAACAGCAACGAAGCAGAGAGCCAAGAAGAAGAACGGGAAGAACAGGCUGACUCGAUGUUGAAAGCAGAUCUAAGCGUGCGCUUUCAUGAUGUUAAAGCAUCCGUUCCUCUCGUGGCAGAGAACUUGUCCUUUAUAGACAGCGCACUGAUUCGUCCUAUCGCUGCCUACAUUAAUGGAAAUAGAACCCUUAUAUCAAUGAAGUUUGAGAUCGUAAAGAAUCUGUCUGAUUUUGAUGGUUCAUGGACGCUUUACGAUUGUGGUCUGGCCGAAGACGUGUCGAUUAUGAUUGGCAGGUGUUUUGCAGAUUUAACAAUGGACGAACAGAAACGUCAUAAGCGACUAAAACGUGUCGGAGUAUGGGGUUUGCAGACUAUGACCAAGAACUUGGUCAAUAUAUGGGACUAUGCUACUGGACAACGUGGUUUCUGGCAUUAUAUAGGAACCAUUCCUGGAUAUGCAUAG